AUGGCUACGUCAAUGCAUCUAUCGCGGCUCCGGAAAUGGUUCCUCGCGUCUCCUCCCAUCGAGGUCACCAUUGCUCGGCUGCGCGAGUUGUUGAUCGGAGCACUCAGGCAGGGGCCGGUGCCCCAGCAUAUUGCGUUUGUGAUGGAUGGGAACCGGAGAUUUGCAAGAUCACAUCGCAUUGAGACGGUGGAGGGUCAUAAUCUGGGGUUUGAGGCGUUGGCGAGGAUCCUCGAGGUGUGCUACAAGUGCGGAGUGAAAGUCGUCACGAUCUAUGCGUUCAGCAUCGAGAACUUCAAACGCUCAAAAUUCGAGGUGGAUGCCCUGAUGGAGAUGGCAAAGGUCAAACUGCAACAGAUGGCUCAGCAUGGAGAUCUGCUUGAUCGCUAUGGCGCAAGGGUGCGGGUGUUGGGUCGCCUCGAUCUUCUGAAGCCCGAUGUCCUUGCUGCUGUGAACCGGGCCGUGGACAUGACAAGCCGCAAUGGAGACCGUGUCCUGAAUAUCUGCUUUCCCUAUACGUCGCGCGAUGAAAUCACCGGAGCUAUCCGAGACACCGUGGCUGACUAUAGCACGCCCCUGAAACCCGUCCGUUCGCACUCCUCCACACGGACGCCCUUUUCUGAAACCCAUAUCGCACUCAACAUCCGUGCACAGUCCAAGCAUGCCAAGACAGAAAUUACUCCCACCAGCGAUAACGAGUCUUCUUCGGAAUCGUCGGCUCACGAAGAGGAUACGAGUGACAGAACGGAUGCUCCAAACAAGGUCUACGAGUCAGGCUCGGGAUUCUCCUCCUCUACCACCCUGCACCUCGGUGGUCAUCCGGACGGCGCGCACGGGAAGGCAUCGGAGUCUGGGAACUCGUCCGAAUCCGACAAAGCGCUCUUUGUCUCCCCGGAGACCAUUACUCGUCAGACACUAUCAGAUCAUAUGUUGACCAAGGGCAACCCCCCGCUUGAUUUGCUCGUCCGCACAUCUGGGGUGGAGCGCCUGAGUGAUUUCAUGCUCUGGCAAUGCCACGAGGAAACCGAGAUUGUGUUUCUGGAUGUCUUGUGGCCUGAGUUUGAUCUAUGGCAUUUCCUCCCCGUUCUACUGGGCUGGCAGAGGAGGAUUGCCAAGUCUAAGAAGAAUCCAGAUGCCGAAGGAAACUUUGACGGGGAAUCGCCUGAAACAUCCGAAGCGGAAGCCGACGGGAUGGUGGCCAAUGCUCCUGGGAAGCUCAAGGGCUUGUAA